AUGUCUACAGGUGCUAGGCAGAGGGAUGGCGAUAACGACCUUCCUUCACAGAAACGAUUCAGAAGUGAACAACAACAACAACAGCAGCAACAACAAAAACAGCAGCAGCAACAACAACAGCAACAUCAUCAACAACAGCAGCAGCAACAAAAACAACAGCAACAACAACAGACACACAGGGAGCAUCAACAGGAUUCUCCACUGAAAUAUUGGAGUGAUCCAGGUCCUCAGCUGUUGGAGAACAACACUGUGCCACCAUCACAGGCGGGCUUCAGAAAUGCUCAACAACAGCAACAACAGGAUUCUCAACUGACACAGCCAUUGCCGCUUUCUUGUCAACCCAGAAGAACAUCAUCAACCGGCCUGGCAAGCACUGGUGCAUCCAGUCCCAUGCAAUUGACAUUACCAACACUCAGUUUUGAACCCAGCAUGGCUGCUUCAAUAAGUUCAGCCACACAAGAUCUGCGUCUGGCAAAUGAAAUUUUACGUCUUCAACUACUGCAACAGCAACUGUUGAAUCAAAUACAAUGCCAACAACAACAACAGACCAACUCAUUCGCCAACUUUCCUUCCAUGUCUUUUACACAAGCUCUAUUGGACGAUCAGGUGCCAAUGGCAACAUGUGAUAUGCCAUCUAACGCAACUGACCAAAUUCAGGACUUAUCUGGCUUUGGUUUCAUGGACCACGUUUUCGGCAACGACUUAGCCCCCCUAAUAAGCGAGUUGGACUGUGUGCAGCAUGCAGCCGAGUUUGGUGGAGGCUACAGUUCUUCUACUAGCAAUAUGUACCGCCAGGACGGAGGAUUGAAUAACGCAAAAUAA